GAGGAGGAGUUUGUUAAUACUGGGAUCUGACAGCAGCGACAAACCUACAGUGAGUGAUCUCUCCCCAGCGCGAAUCCGCCAUCAAGAUCAGGGACAAGGAGGAGGAGGAAGAAGAGGAAGAGGAGGAGGAAGAGGAGGAGGAGAAGGAGGAGGAGGAGAAGGAGGAGGUGGAGGAAGAGGAGGAAGAGGAGGAGGAGGGAAAGAGAAGGAAGAAGAAAAAGAAGAGACCCACUGUCUUCCCGGGAUUGUUUUCCCCCCUUAUCUUUACGCGCUAGUGUGCGCGUGGCGCGUGUGCGCCCCUCGUCCCUGCCAUCUGAACCCCGUCUUGGAUGUUUAAUAAAGAAAUCAAGUGUCUCACCAGUCACCAAAAAAAACAGCAAAAAGCAAAACCAAAAAGAGAAAAAAAAAAUCCAAAAGCAAAAACAAAAAGAGAGAGAGGGGGAAAAAACCAAACAAACAAACAAGGCAGAACCAACCUCCACUUGCAAGCAGCAGGCGCAAACCGCUUAUCUGCCACCCAGAGAGGGGGUCUCCGGCCCCGCGCUGGAGCGCUGGCAGGGGGAUCGUCAGGGGGACAGAGGCCGAGUGACGUCCUAGGAGCCACAGAAAGACAAGCGAGACUGCGGCCCCCGCGCGCGGCUCGGGGCUGGGGCGCCAGAAGUGAGACUGGAGCUAAGUAGAGCGAUGCCAAGGAGGAAACAGCAGGCACCCAAGCGGGCUGCAGGCUAUGCCCAGGAGGAAGUUCUGAAGGAAGAGGAGGAAAUAAAGGAGGAAGAGGAGGAGGAGGAAGACAGUGGUUCGGUGGCUCAGCAUCAGGGCAGUAAUGACACGGGGACAGAUGAGGAACUAGAAACAGUCCCGGAGCAGAAAGGCUACUUCAGCUGCCAGAACUCGCCAGGGAGCCACCUGUCCAACCAGGACGUGGAAAAUGAAUCUCUUCUGAGUGAUGCCAGCGACCAGGUGUCAGACAUCAAGAGCAUCUGUGGCCGAGAUGUCUCGGACAAGAAAGCAAACGCUCACCCCAAGCUUCCGAGCGAACCCCAUAACUGCAUGGAUAAAAUGACAGCCGUCUAUGCCAAUAUCCUGUCAGAUUCCUACUGGUCAGGCCUGGGCCUCGGCUUCAAAUUAUCCAACAGCGAGAGACGGAAUUGUGACACCCGCAAUGGCAGCAGCAAGAAUGAUUUUGAUUGGCACCAAGAUGCCCUGUCCAAAAGCCUCCAGCAGAACUUGCCUUCCCGGUCUGUCUCUAAGCCCAGCCUAUUCAGCUCCGUGCAGCUGUACCGGCAGAGCAGUAAGAUGUGCGGCUCGGUGUUCACCGGGGCCAGCAGGUUCCGCUGCAGACAGUGCAGCGCGGCCUACGACACUCUGGUGGAGCUGACCGUGCACAUGAAUGAGACAGGCCACUAUCAAGAUGACAACCGCAAAAAAGAUAAGCUCCGACCCACGAGCUACUCAAAGCCCCGGAAAAGGGCCUUCCAGGACAUGGACAAAGAGGACGCGCAGAAGGUUCUGAAAUGCAUGUUUUGCGGCGACUCCUUUGAUUCCCUGCAAGACCUGAGCGUCCACAUGAUAAAGACAAAACAUUACCAAAAAGUGCCUUUGAAGGAACCGGUACCAACCAUUUCCUCUAAAAUGGUCACACCAGCCAAGAAGCGUGUUUUCGACAUCAACAGGCCUUGCUCCCCGGACUCCACCACGGGGACACAGGCAGAAUCGUUUUCUUCCCAGAAAAACCCCAACCUGCAGCUGCCCUCCAACAGCCGCUACGGCUACCAAAACGGAGCCAGCUACACCUGGCAGUUCGAGGCCUGCAAGUCGCAGAUCUUAAAGUGUAUGGAGUGUGGCAGUUCCCAUGACACCUUGCAGCAGCUCACCACCCACAUGAUGGUCACGGGUCACUUUCUCAAAGUCACCAGCUCUGCCUCCAAGAAAGGCAAGCAGCUGGUGUUGGACCCGCUGGCCGUGGAGAAAAUGCAGUCGCUGUCCGAGACCCCAAACAGCGAGUCUCUGGGCGCUAAGCCGUCAAGUAACUCUGCCUCUGACUGCGCAGCCUCUAGCACCGAGUUAAAGAAAGAGAGCAAGAAGGAGAAGGCGGAGGAGAUCAACGAAGACGAGCAAGGGGCGAAAGGCGAGGAAUACGAAGACCCUCUACAGAAACCUCUCGACCCCACCUUAAAAUACCAGUAUCUGAGAGAAGAGGAUUUGGAAGAUGGCUCAAAGGGUGGAGGGGACAUCUUAAAGUCACUGGAAAAUACUGUAACCACGGCCAUCAACAAGGCCCAAAACGGUGCUCCCAGCUGGAGCGCAUAUCCAAGUAUCCACGCAGCCUACCAGCUGUCAGAGGGUGCCAAGCCACCCAUGGCAAUGGGCUCUCAGAUACUGCAAAUCAGACCCAACCUCGCCAACAAGCUAAGGCCCAUCGCGCCCAAGUGGAAAGUCAUGCCGCUUGGCCCUGUGCCCACAAACCUGGCCCUGUACACUCAAGUUAAGAAGGAGACAGAAGACAAAGACGAAGUCAGAAAGGAGUGCGGGAAGGAAAGUCCCCGUGAAGAGGCAACAUCUCUCAGCCAGUCUGAGGGGGAGUCUUUCUCCAAAAUUGAAACACCCUCAGAAUCCAGAAAGGUAGAGCCCUGUCCCCCGAAGGAGGGAGAGAAGCUGCCGAAAGAGAAACCAGAGCCGUUAGAACCUGUAUCUUCUCUGAGCAACGGGUGCGCACCGGCUAACCACACCCCGACCCUGCCUUGCAUCAACCCGCUCAGUGCGCUGCAGUCGGUCCUCAACAACCACCUGGGUAAAGCUACUGAGCCUUUGCGCUCUCCUUCCUGCUCCAGCCCCAACUCAAGCACAAUCUCUAUGUUCCACAAGUCUAGUCUCAGCGCAGUGGACAAACCGGUCCUAAGUCCCUCCUCCACCAGGCCGGCCAGCGGAUCCAGACACUACCUGUUUGAGAACAGCGACCAGCCCAUUGACCUGACCAAAUCCAAAAGCAAGAGGGCCGAGUCCUCGCAAGCACAAUCCUGCACGUCCCCACCUCAGAAGCAUGCUCUCUGUGACAUUGCCGAUAUGGUCAAGGUCCUCCCCAAAGCCACCACCCCCAAGCCAGCUGCUCCCUCGAGGGUCCCGCCCAUGAAGCUGGAAAUGGAUGUCAGGCGAUUCGAGGAUGUUUCCGGCGAAGUCUCGACUUUGCACAAGAGGAAGGGCAGGCAGUCCAACUGGAACCCCCAGCACCUGCUCAUCCUGCAGGCGCAGUUCGCCUCGAGCCUCUUCCAGACAUCGGAGGGCAAAUAUCUGCUCUCUGACCUGGGCCCACAGGAGCGGAUGCAAAUCUCAAAGUUCACGGGACUCUCGAUGACCACAAUCAGCCACUGGCUGGCCAAUGUCAAGUACCAGCUUAGGAAAACAGGGGGGACAAAAUUCCUGAAAAACAUGGACAAAGGGCACCCCAUCUUUUACUGCAGUGACUGUGCCUCCCAGUUCAGAACCCCCUCUACUUACAUCAGCCACUUAGAGUCUCACCUGGGCUUCCAAAUGAAGGACAUGACGCGGAUGGCGGCUGACCAGCCAAGCAAGGUGGAGCAGGAGAUCUCCCGGGUGUCGUCGGCUCAGAGGUCUCCGGAAACAAUAGCCGGUGAAGAGGACACAGACUCUAAAUUCAAGUGUAAGUUGUGCAGUCGGACAUUUGUGAGCAAACACGCAGUAAAACUCCACCUAAGCAAAACGCACAGCAAGUCACCCGAGCACCAUUCUCAGUUUGUAACAGACGUGGAUGAAGAAUAGUUCCGCAGGACAAAUGCCUUAGCCUGGAUCUUCCUGCCUGGAUCUCCCUCACCAGCCCUUCUCUGUUCGUUGCACCCUUGUUUCUGACAUUGGACCACUGACCUCCUCCUGACACCCGGCUCCAAGAAGACUGCAGAAAAAGAAAAAAAAAAAAAGUCCCACCAACCAUCUCUCUUCAUCCUCACUAACAAUUUGGUAAUGAAGUAUUGAUUUCCACUUCUCUCCUUAUGGACGAUAUUAGAUUUUCAUUGAUAAACUGCAACGGGACUGUCGCAUCUCUGAGGCCCUCUUCACCGUCAGGAAGAAACAAAGUGCCACCGAGUUAAAAUAAUGACUGGGAGCAUUGACGCACUUACUUUGUCAUUUUGUAACAGGAAAGGGAGGGGGCACAUCACUCUUCAUAGUUUAAUGUCCAAGUGGGCUGCUCUUGGGAGUUUACUUUUCAUGGUAACGUCCAUUUCCUAUUUAUAACCCCCCUGGGAACGUUUGUCUAAAGGAAAUGUUUCUGUUCAGUGUAACAAUUAAGGUUGCACCUGGAUUCCCUAGUCCUGCCCCUGCACCGGGGAGCCAUUAAUCACCGCAGAGUAGAAGAGUUAUUAAGUUAAACCGGAGUUUGAGCCAAGAAAACCUCCCAACCAUGUUCAUCUUCUGUGAAAGUUGUUGGAAUAGACAGGCUUAACCGUGUUGCUGCCAAAGGCUUUUUCCUGUGGAGUGCGUCCUCCACGGUUAUCUUGAGUGGUUUUGUAAGCUUAGCUCCCAGCAUGCACCACUGUAGGAUGAGCCCUGCAAACUGGGAGGGGUGCAGACUAGAACCCCAGAUAAAGCAAAAUGGCAAUGCAUCACCGAGAGUGCCAGGUGAAGUGGCCACCUUCACUGGCAAUCCCUCCUUGCCAGACCUGUUGCCUCUCAAAUGCAGCUUCUCCUUUGAACCAGCAGAAUGCAUGAAAACAGGGUGUCCGUUUUAAACGUGUUCCUGCAACUUUUUUCAUUAAAACUUUAAGGGCCCAAUUUUAAUUUGUGGAAUAUUCCCGUUAAUAAUGAGAUCUAAUUAAGACAUCCAUUAAAAGCCCGUUAAAGUUAAUUUAACGUAAAAAUUCCAAUAGAACUGUAUUAGAUUUUCUCCAUUAAAUUAACGUUAUGGAUUUUUAACGGAUGUCUUAAUUACACGUUAUUAUUAACGGGAAUACUGUAUUACACAGAUUAAAAUCAGGUCCUAAGUCAACUUGGAAAAGCUAAGAGCAUGUUUUAAUAUUAAAGUCUCACAGACCUAGUACACAGUUUGGAAGCGCAGGGGAAGAUGCAGUUAUUCUAGCUGAGCAUUUUCUGUACAAUGGAGAGUAAUCUAUAAUAGAUAAAUUCAUCAUUUCAUUUAAACAAUGGUCUCUUUAUUCUCAUAGGACAACCAAGUCUGGAUUGUAUUGUAAAUUGCUACUCGGCUAUAGGUGAAAUAUUUAAACUAUUCUCAGCACAAUAUUCUGAAACAAAUGACUAUUUUGUGUUCUUGUUUUAAUUACCAAGGUUAUCCAAAAGAAAAGGGGGGGGGGAGGCUGACAAAAUGAAGCCAAAUACAUUCUUUUCACCGUUUAUUAUAAAGGCUGCCUGUUGGAAAUGUCUUGGAAAUUUUGACAUGAUCCCUAAAUUCGACGCUGGGAUUUAAAAUAAAAUUUGAAGGAGAAAAAAAAAAAGAAAAAAAAACUUAUUUACCUCCUAAGGAAAGUGUUGCCCUUAUGCCACAUAUAAUAGCAAAUUGCUUUUUUUAUGGCAUGCAUAACCUAGAUGGGGAAAAAUAUGGUGCUUCAGGGAAGGAGGGGAAAAGUAAAUGAAGUUCCAGGAAUGUCAUUCUGAAGUAAUGAGGCAUGGACGGAAAAUAUACCCCUCACAUCAUCGGAUUGAGAUGGCAGGCGAAAUAGCUUCAUUGAAGUGUCAGCACUCAUCCAUCAAUCAAUCACCCACAAGGAAAAAUAACAACAGUACAACGGGGCGGCUUUUAUGGGAUUUACUCAUGGGCACAGGGAACAGCGGCUCGGAUGUAGUUCUGACAUGAAAAGCAAGGUGCUGAUAUUAUUUUUUAUGAUGGGAGGAUCAUAAAGUGAAUUGAGAACAGAGAGAGGUCUGUCUGCUUAACCUGUUCAACCAGAAAUGAACGGAACUCAGCUGGAAAGAACCGUCUUUGGAUGGGUUAAGAUGGAAGGGUGGACUCGGCUGAGCUCUGUCC